AUGGACGCAUUCGGAACAUCGGCGGCUGCCCGGGUGACUCGGUUAUAUGUCACAGAAUAACAUUCGAGAAUGGGACAUGGAAUGAGGCGACGGCCACAGCAGCCCCUAGCAGCCCCAGGCCCAGGCCCAGCCGCCGCCGCAGCAGCAGCCGCAGCAGCAGCCCUCGCCGCCCCCGCCGCACAGAGAGGCUCCGCAGCCAUGAGGCCGGCCGUCCCAAGGCACUGCCCGUAAGCGGAACUCCAGCCGCCGCUCCCCCUUGGCUCGUCCUGCCGCAGCGGGAAGCAUGGAGAAGGCCGCCCUCUCGGGGCGCUGACCCCGCACCGCGUCCGCGCGCACACGCCCCCCGCCGCCGCCGCGCUCCCCGCAAGCCGCCCUCCCCACCCUGACCCCACCAUGACCGGCUCGGCGGCCGACACUCACCGCUGCCCCCACCCCAAAGGCGCCAAAGGCACCCGGUCCCGGAGCAGCCACGCGCGGCCCGUAAGCCUCGCCACCAGCGGGGGCUCAGAGGAGGAGGACAAAGACGGUGGGGUGCUGUUUCACGUUAACAAGAGCGGCUUCCCCAUCGACAGCCACACCUGGGAGCGCAUGUGGAUGCACGUGGCCAAGGUGCACCCCAAGGGAGGCGAAAUGGUGGGCGCCAUCAGGAACGCCACCUUCUUGGCAAAGCCUUCCAUACCCCAGGUUCCAAACUACAGACUGUCAAUGACCGUCCCGGACUGGCUGCAGGCAAUCCAGAACUACAUGAAGACACUACAAUACAAUCACACAGGGACCCAGUUCUUUGAAAUUAGGAAAAUGCGACCGCUGAGUGGGUUAAUGGAAACAGCGAAAGAAAUGACUCGAGAGUCCUUGCCCAUCAAAUGCCUUGAAGCUGUCAUCCUGGGCAUAUACUUCACCAAUGGACAGCCUUCCAUCGAGCGGUUCCCCAUCAGCUUCAAAACCUACUUCUCAGGAAACUACUUUCACCACGUCGUGCUGGGGAUUUACUGCAAUGGCCGCUACGGCUCGCUGGGCAUGAGCCGAAGGGCUGAGCUGAUGGACAAGCCACUGACCUUUCGGACUCUGAGUGACCUCAUCUUUGACUUCGAGGAUUCCUACAAGAAAUACCUGCACACACUCAAGAAGGUCAAGAUUGGGCUGUAUGUGCCCCAUGAGCCUCAUAGCUUCCAGCCCAUCGAGUGGAAGCAGCUGGUCCUCAAUGUUUCAAAGAUGCUGAGGGCCGAUGUGAGGAAGGAGCUGGAGAAGUAUGCCAGGGACAUGAGAAUGAAGAUCCUGAAACCUGCAAGUGCCCACUCUCCAACUCAAGUGAGAAGCCGGGGAAAAUCCCUGUCCCCCCGAAGGAGACAGGCGAGCCCCCCAAGACGGCUCGGCAGACGAGACAAGUCGCCGGCACUGCCUGAAAAGAAGGUGGCUGAUCUCAGCACUCUGAAUGAAGUGGGCUAUCAGAUCCGAAUUUAGUCCAGCCAUACAGCCAGCAACAGGGCUUCUCUGGUGCUUCCCUCUGCACUUUACCCAGCAUCUUCAGGAGGAACUGCAACUAUUUAUUAAGAACUUGUGGCUUUUAUUUUUAAGCAUUCACUUGGAAAUAGACUCUGAGUGGGUGGUAACAAUUUAAAAAAAUUCACGAAGGGACAACCACGCAAAGGCUAAGUAAUAAACCCCACUGGGGCUGGACUGUCUCCCUCACUCCAGAUAGGAGGGAUAAGACCAUAACUGUAGUUUUUUAUUUUCCCACUUACCUGCUUUGUUUUACUUGCUUUGAACAUUAUGCCUCACUAGUAGUAAAUGUUCGUGAAACCCUCCCUCCCACUUUUGAUAGAGUUAAGGUAACUCAGUAUUAAUGUCUUUUUCAGCAAUAACAGAGGCAAAGGUUGGUGGGUUUUUUUUUUAAGCAGUCAAUAUUACCUCAGCAUCUUGACAUCAGAUAUGCAAACUUAAUGGUGUUUUUGUUUUUUUAUAUCCCCUUUGUAUUGUUGCCCCAGUAUUUCCCCUGGGGAUCUCCACGAGGUUUGGAUUUUUUUUUCCCCCUGGUGCACAUGUGCGAUGAGAUUUAAGGUAUUACAUGUACGUGUUUUACUAAAAAGCACUGAUAUUCUUUUGGCAAUACGGGAAACCAUUUUCAGGAUCUUGGAGUUACUUGUUAAUCUUUCUUAAAGCAUCCACAGACAGCAGUUUUUGUUCAUUCAAAACAAAACAAAAAAAGCACGUUCAGGAGCUAGUCUACAGUCUGUCACUAACAUUUAAACUUUGCAGACUCCAGCAAAAAGCACAAAAGGCCAUGCACUGUGCCCCUAAUUGAGCGGUACUGUGAUUACCUGACAAUAACACGCUCAGAAAGGCAGAGGCCAGGAGUGAAUCAGUAGGUCAUGAGAACCAGGUGAACUUUCUGUUGACAUUUCACCUGAUUUUUAAACUCUGAGUCAGGCCUCGAUUCUGCAGGACUCACUGCUGUUGGAGAUGGGCUCUGAUGUCUUAUAUUAAGACCAAACACGGCACGACGUCGUUAUCUUCCAGUACCUUGCUUUUAGGUACUGCUUCAUGACAUUUAGGGACUGGUAUCAGAAAAUGUGAAGACGUCGAAAAGCAGAACCUUAUUUUUAAAUGGAAAAGUCUUCAGGUACAGUGUUAUACCUUCUAGGGUGAUGGAGUCCACGAAGCCUGGUAGGAAUAUCUGGCCUGCACGGGGUAGUGCCAGUGUAACUUCUGGCUGCAGAGCACACAGAAGCGCCAGUGGCCUUCAGAGUCUGUAUGUUGUCAGCUUCUGAGUCACUUGUUUGAUGUGAGUAGCCAUGUCAACUCAUGGAUCAGAAGGCCUAUUUAAGUGGAGUCUGCUGGUCAACAAAAGCGCUAUUUCAGUCUCAGUGCUGCCCCUCUGGCUUUCUUCAACUGAAGGUAACUUGGGAAGGGAGUUAAAAAAAGUAAGAAUCUGCUCAUUGAGAUUCUUUAUCUCUGAGGGUGACAUGAAAAGCCAAAUGACCUCAUCCUUCAGCCAUGGGCACCUGAGUUCACUUUACCCUCAACAGUAUUAAGUUUUCUUGAAAAAGGCGCUCCAACGUCCUUUACAUGAAAAAGGACCAAGCAAGCGUACGUCUCCAUCAGGCCAAAAUACGCAGAUGCUAAAAAGCUGGAACGUCAUCACUUUCUUGGAGAAGAGUGUUACCAGAGUUUAAGAUGAGUUGUCUUUGGGUCUCAUGGCCGCAUAUAUGUAGAUGUUUGGAGUCAUCAGUGAAUCACUUUAUUCUCAUUCUACAGCAUACCGUCUUAGCCCUCUGUCCAGAUGAAAUAUGAGAGAGCCAUCUAUACAGAUAGACCUUUAUCAAUAUGAAAAUUUAUUACAGCCAAUAAGUAGACUACUUAUCAACACUGCAAUCGUUCUAAGAGCUCAGAAUAGGAUUUUCCAAGGAUUAGGUACCGUCCGAUCCAAAAAUAGAGACUGCAGUCUCUUGUUCCCCUUGGAAAGGGGGAAGAAUAGGAAUACAAGCUGUUUCUAACACGCUGAUGUCGAAGCUGUCAAAAUUCCAACUGGCUGGAUGAUUCAAUUAGCAACCUGAUUUUUUCUUCCACACUCACUUCCUGAUUUGAAGAUUCACUUCCCCAAAGCAAGAGUUAGUCAGAGAAACCAAAAACUUAGUUGAAAAUGUUCUUAGUUGUUAUUCUGGUUUUAUUGCUUACGGAAAUGUUAAUUUCUAAAAGAUAUGAAAAGGUACCAAACUCCUAAAUUGUAAUGAAGUAGUCGAUAAUAAGGCCAGAAAAAUAACCCGUAACAUGAUUUUACCCCUUAGAAUUGAUUUUAAAACGGGCUAUAAUUCAAAUGAUAAAAAAACUAUGAAAUGAUUUAACAUCUUAUUUUAAAGUUAUUCAUGCAAGAGAAAUUUUAUGCUUAAGGCAUUAUGGCAAUACAUGCAAAGUUUAAAUGAAUGACAGAAAUUCUGAUUCUAGACUACAUGUGCUGUUUCGAGUACACUUUAUUUCAGAAAGUGAUAUUUAGUAUUUUCUAUACUCUCUGAGGUCAUGAGCAUUUCACUUUUUCUAAGUCAGUUAUUUCAUAAGGAUUUUAUUAAUAGAUAUUGGUAAAUAGAACUUUGGAAAUCUUAAUUCAGUAUUCUUACUAUACCCAAGGCUUUUUGUAAGCUAUAGUUUUAUGUACAACCUUGUACAGUUUUUUUGACAUACAAUUCAGAAUCUUGUUUAUUACUCUCUUGGACUUUGUUCUGGCCAAUACAUUUUUUUAAACUCUUCUAAGAAAAAUUGUGAUUGUUUUAGUGGGUAUUUUUCUAAGUAAAUGAAAACUUGUAUAAUGGUAUUUUAGAGAAUGCCAGAUAAGUGCAUGUUUCAAGUUAAUGGUUUUCUCAUCACUUGUAUGUUUAUACACAGCAUGGGACUUUAAUAAAACCAUCCUGGAAACUCAA